UGUAGAUCUUAAGGUGAAAAUGUCAGUCUUUUUAAAACGUGUAAUAUUUCUGCCGAAGCCAGGUUUAAGAAAAUACUCUCAAAAUUUACCCGAAUUGACAAAAAACACAUUUAAAGUUACUAGAGGCAACUACAAUUACCUUAGAGAUGAAGAUAUAAAACAUUUUCAAAACGUGCUUGGAGUCAGUAGGGUACUUACCAGUUCCGAAGACUUGCACAAAUAUAACGUGGACUGGUUUUUCCAAGUCAGAGGUACGAGCAAUGUGGUUCUUAAACCGAAAACGACGGAAGAAGUUUCCAAAAUUUUGUCAUAUUGUAAUGAAAAUAGAAUAGCGAUUUGCCCACAUGCGGGCAAUACUGGUAUGGCAGGAGGAUCCAAUCCCGUUUUUGAUGAAGUUGUUGUAUCCACUGAGCUGAUGAAUGAGAUCAUUAGUUUGGAUGAAAAUUCGGGUGUAAUAAUCUGCCAGGCGGGAUGUAUUCUAGAAAAUAUCGACAAAUAUGUAGCCGAAAAAAAUUUAAUUGUGCCAUUAGAUAUAGGCGCUAAGGGUUCUUGUCAGAUUGGGGGAAAUGUUUCAACCAAUGCUGGCGGUCUAAGGAUGGUGCGGUUCGGGAAUUUACAUGGAAAUGUAUUAGGACUGGAAGUUGUAAAAGCAAAUGGCGACGUACUUGAUUGCAUGAGUACUCUAAAAAAGGACAACACUGGAUACCAUCUUAAGCACCUUUUUAUAGGUUCUGAAGGAACACUGGGAUUCGUUACCAAAGUUUCUUUGCACUGUCCUCCGCGACCAAAAUUUAAAAACGUUGCAUUUUUAGGUUUACAAAACUUUGAUAAAGUCCUGAAAACUUUUAAAUUUCUUAAGGCAGAACUCGGAGAAAUUAUAUCGGCUGUAGAAGUUAUCGAUACUCCUACGAUGGAUUUUAUCAAUGAAGUUGUCGGUCAAAACUCUCCAAUUGGUGAUUAUCCAUUUUACUUACUUAUCGAAACAUCGGGCAGCAAUGAACAACACGAUGAAGAAAAACUCAAUAAUUUUUUUGAAGCAGCUCUAAACAAAGCUUUAGUACUGAACGGCACCGUUGCUAGCGAACCUGCAAAAAUUGAGGCUCUGUGGUCAAUACGGGAAAAUAUUCCAAAUGGAUUUAAGAUUUGCUCAACAAAAAUGAUGUAUUAUGACGUUUCCCUGCCUCUCUCAAAUUAUUAUUCUAUAGUUAAUGAUGUCACUGAAUUCACGAAGGACUUAAGCGAACGAGUAUUUGGAUUUGGUCAUCUGGGUGACGGAAACAUACAUCUUCAAAUUCAGUUGAAAGAUGAUCUAACCGAUGAAAUAAAGAAGCGCAUUGAUCCUUUUGUUUUUGACAAGAUAUUGAGUUAUGGAGGGAGUAUUAGUGCCGAACACGGUAUAGGUGUUAUAAAACAGAAAUAUAUGGAUAGACUUAAAACUGUUAACACAUUGAAUCUAAUGAAAGAUUUGAAACGUUUAUUAGAUCCAAACAAAAUACUAAAUCCAUAUAAAGUGAUAGUCUAAUUUUUUUAAAUAUAUUGUUUUAU